UCCCAUGUUCAUCCGGGGCGCCGUGAAUGAAUAAUUUUUAUUUUUUUUAAAGGGAUUUUUGGAAGGGGAAACGGAGGGUGAGGUGAUGUAUAGGUUGUGUACUGGUGAAGAAGCUGAAGCUGCCGGAAUGGAUGAAUGAAGGGGGGAAGAGGGAGACGAUGAUUCCACGGACGGUUAAAGAGGGAAAGCUCUCUCCUCUUUGAUGCCCAAAAUUAAAAAGACAGAAUACAGCAUCAGACGCAAUUUCUAUUUCUAUUUCCUAUUUCCUCUUCUCUUGCAUUAUUAGGCUCUCUUCCUCCCCCAUUUUAACUCUCUCUCUCUCUCUCUCUCUCUCUCUCUCUCUCUCCCUUUCUUCUCUCUCUGUCCAUGGCGUCUACAAUUUGCCAAAUUGUUCACAACCCAGGAAAACAAACGGAGAGCAUGAGAGGUUUCUGAUCUCCCCAUCUCCGACUGUGUGGUGUUGCUGUUGUUUCCUCUGUCAUGCUGAAUCAAUCGGUUCUGUCUUUCGAUUUUGAUGGGUUGAUGGUGUAAAUUUGAGAUUUUUAGCAUGUUGCUGGUGAGAAAUUCGGGAACUUUGAAGGUCCUGUUCCAGCACUUGGUGGUUGUUCUCUGACUUGAUAUAGCUCUUAAUCGGUUAAUGAUAACAAGAAGGAACAUUGGCGGAUCUAGAUAUUAUUCAGUAUGGACCAAAGGAAUAUGCCUUUUAACAGGCAAUGUAUCGAUGAAAUGGAAAUAGAUGGCCCGAGCUAUGUCCCUCAAGAACCUCGUGUCUUGUUUGGGUCCACAACAAAUGUUCAUCACCCCAACGUACCAUUUGGGAAUGCCAGUAGCAGCGUUGAUCUUCAUCACUUACCUGACCAUUAUGACAAUCCUGUGCCUUAUGGGAUGAACCAUUACAACACUUUUCACCCUCCUGCAAAUUUUGAUUUGGGCGCUUCUUCUGUUCCUAGGAUGCCCCCUGUUCCCGUAAAUUAUGGUUCCAGUUCUCAAAUCUCUUCAUAUGGGAACUAUUUAGUACAUGGAGGAACAUAUCAGGAUUAUGGAAGGAACCACUUUAUGGAUGGUGUUGGAUGCUCUUACAAGAGGAAGACUGUUGAGAGCUUGCCCGAGAAUAAUUAUCCUUACUCUAGUGCCUCUACAAGCACCAGCUCAUCUGUCAUGGGUCCCAUGGAGACAAGACAUCCAAGUGAAGUGGGGUUGAGGGAUGCUGUCACAUCUUACACGCUUCCUCGUUAUGGGGAGGGUGAACGUUCCAUUGCUUUGGAGGAGAGUUCCAGUAGAAGUGUGAGAAAUAGAUCGGCUGUUUCUGGCAUAAAUUCUGCUCAUACACAUAAUUAUGGUAAUCCGUUAUCCCAGGGAACUUAUAGUAGUGGCCAGUCUUUUCAGCAAGGGGGUCCAUUUUGGCUUGACCAACCAUCAAGCAGUAAUUCUAUUGAGGGAGGUGCCCUAGGUUGGAGUCCUCCUCCACUGGUUAUGCCCUUCAUGAAUGCAAGCAAUGUCAAUGGAGUUCCCAUGGAAGUUGGGAACCAGGGUGUUCAGGGACCUCUCGAGGCUAAUGGGAGUAGAAGUUCGACCAAUUUCCUCCAUUUCCCUUACUUCAACCCUCAGCAUUACAAUCUUCCUUAUCCCUCACAUCCUGUACAUGGGAUCAGGGGGGGGAAUGGUAAUCUGGCAUUCCACCCACAAGCUCCGGUAUCAUUUCACAGAGCUCCAUCUCGCAGUGUCUCUCAUCCAGGCCCAUUUGAGCCAACUAGGAUGCAGUGGCCUUACAGUGCUGGCAUAGUUCCUGAGAGGCACCACAACGGACCCCACUUUAGAGUUUCGGCUGUUGAUGAACAUGCAAUAAUAGAUUAUGGUGAGGCUUAUGGUGUAGGGAACUACGAUCAUCAUAGGGAUUUGCGUUUGGAUAUAGAGGAUAUGUCCUACGAGGAACUCCUUGCUCUUGGAGAGUUGAUCGGUAGUGUAAAUACUGGGCUACCCGAAGAAACAAUCACAAGUCAGCUGAAGACGAGAACUUGGGCUUCUAUGGUAUCUAUCAACUUGGAAGAAUUGCCGUGUGAGGAUCAGGAAGCAGCUUCUUGCAUCAUAUGCCAGGAUGCCUAUGAGGACCGAGACAAGAUAGGAACGCUCGACUGCGGGCAUGAGUACCAUGCCGAUUGCUUGAAGAAGUGGCUUUUGGUGAAGAAUGUUUGCCCGAUUUGCAAAUCUGAAGCCUUGCCGGGAAACUGGAAGGAUCUAUAAUGCAAGACUUCCAACAUUAAGUCUCCUCCCCACCAAAAGAACUCUCUUUUUCUUUCUCCCUCUCCUUUUGUGCUUAAUGGGAGGAGAAGAUAAAACUAUACUCUGUUUCUGGGAUUGUAAUGUAAAAAAUUCUGUACUUGUAGAUAUACAUAAUCUGCUAACUAUUCAUUUGUUGGCUUCCAUAAGCUUGGAACCAAUUUGCCAUGUCCAAUGGCUGACUUUGUACAGACGGCUUUUAUAAUGUCUGUUAGUCAUGUUGAUCAACCUGGGAUUUAUCUUUCAUUUUCA